AUGGGAUACAGAGGAAGAGGCAACAUUCCAAAGACAACAGCUUCGAUGUAUGGGCUGACCUACAACACAAAGAGAGAGUACAGGUUCAUUAAUGAGGUGGUGAGAUCUCUGUCAGUGGGCGGCACCUAUGGCGCCAGAAGCACGGUAAAGCUAAGGAUUAAUGCAAUGGCCAAAGAGGCACUGGUAUCAUUCAUUCGCGAUUUGGCCCACAGAAUCAUCGAUCAAUCAAGAGACAGGUCGGGCAAGGCAACACUGCAGGCACGCGACAUCGAGACGGCCGUCAGUAUCGAAUUGGGAGGGGGCGAACUUAUGAUACAUUCUAUCGUGCUAGGCAGGUCGGCUGUAACCAAUGCUAACCCUAGCAAAGCCAAUGGUGAGAAUAAGCCACCAGCCAAUAAGCUCAUGGUCGCGCCAAGCUAUGUUCGCAAACAACUCAAGAUUGCUGGAUUCGGUCGAGUGGCAAAGAUGGCCUCAUUGUACCUUGCUGCCGUUCUCGAGUAUCUCAUCGUUGAAGUGGUGGAGCUUUCCGGAGAGAAUGCCAAGAGCUGUGGAAAGACUGUACGUAUUGCCUCGCCUCCUUUCUCGAUAGACAGGUUGGACAAUCAUUCACCAAGUCCACUCCUCCUUGUAUCUCUAUAA